AUGGCUUCGCCCUCAUCUUCUGGGGCCCCCAUAACAGACUUUACCCCAGCUACGGUUCCUACCAAUCUGCACACCAAAGCCCUUCCGUCGACCACAUUGGCUGCCCAGGCUCGGGGGAAGAAGAGACCGGCGAGUCCAGCCACACAUUCAGCGACGCAAUCAAACACCAGCAACAGUAAAAAGAAGAAACCGAAUGUUACCGCUGCUGCAACUCAUGCCCAGGUGACGCCGGUGGAAGGGGCUACGGAAGGGAAGCCGGUUAGCUCCACGGACACUAAUGCUCAGUCUACAGAACCGACCUUAAAGCCGCUGCCGUUUAAGGAGCCCACGUUCGUGCACUCUGGUAUAGGUGGGGCGGCAGCGGGGAAGAAGAAUCGGACGUGGAAGAAUUUGAAACAGAUUCUGGCAGCGGAGAGAGCACUGCCCUGGAAAAUGAACGAUCCAAACUACUACAGUAUAGAUGCCCCUCCUUCUUUGAAACCAGCAAAGAAGUACUCAGACAUAUCAGGUCUGCCGGCCAAUUACACAGACCCUCAGACGAAACUACGCUUCACCUCCUCAGAGGAGUUCUCCUACAUCCGCCUGCUCCCCACUGACGUAGUGACGGGUUAUCUCACCCUGCGCAAGGCAACCUGCAUCGUGCCCUGA